CUCAUGGGGCCCCGGGCAAUAGGGGAUCAUGGGGCCCCUGUGUCCUUGCCCAAACUCAAAAAAGCCUAUGAAAAAGAUACCAGGGGCAUCUCAUGGGGCCCCCUACUGACCCCGGGCCCUUGGGCAGUGCCCGAGUUUCCAAAUGGUCAGUCCACCCUGGUAGGAGUAUAGGCUAUAACACGGUUUCUAAAAUUGUGAGUAGUAUCAAAGGAACAAAAACAUGUUAGUAGCUAAUUAGAUCCUAUUGUUUUAUUUUUUACAAAUGUAGCAGAAAAAUAAAAUAUGCAAGAAGGAAUUUCAGUUUAAUUGAAUUCCCCAGUGUAAGCUGA